AUGAAGUCCCAGGUCACCAUGGUUUGCUGUCUAGUGCUUUUUCUGGCCACAGAAUGUUCCUGCUACAGACCCAUGAUUCACAUUAAAAAAAAUGGAGAUAAACUUCAAAGACCUAGAGGGAAGUCCAAGACUGGAUGGAUGCAAGACAAAUGCCAUGAACCUUGCUUCUCUUCGGACAACUGUAUCCAGUCCUGUACGGAUGGCUUUAGUGGAGAAAUACGAUUCACAUGUAAUAAAAAAAAGUGGCAAAAAUCAACUGAAAACUGUACAAGCCUCUCUGUGGAAGAACUGUUUAAGGACGUGGACAUUGCCUCCCGAAUUUCCAUAGCAGCAUCUUCUUUUCUUCCUGAGGGCUUUCUAGAGCCAGACCGAGCACCAAACCCAGGGCCAGGUACUAGGGAUGUUGUUCAAGGAAUCCACAGGCACUGCCCCCUGGACUACGUCUGCAUAGUUGAUGCCGUGAAAUCCUCCGAAACUACGUCUGGGAAUAUUGCAUUCAUAGUGGAGUUAUUAAAAAACAUCUCUGCAAGUUUGUCUAAUGAAGUGACCCGGGAGAAAAUGAAGAGCUAUGGUGAAGUGGCCAACCACGUCCUUGACACAGCAGCCAUUUCAAAUUGGACUUUCAUUCCUAACAAAAAUGCCAGCUCAGAUUUGCUGGAGUCAGUGAACUCGUUUGCCAGGAAACUCAAAAUCCACAGUGAAUCUGAGAACAUUGUGGACGAACUUUUUAUUCAGACGAAAGGCUCUCACAUCGACCACAAUACCUCAGAGAAGAGUUUCAAUUUCUCUAUGACUGUGAGUAACACUACAGACGGCAUCUUAGGACUGAUAGAAAUUCCCAGACGAGAGCUACAGAAGCUGUCACCUGGAGCCUCCCAAGCGAUUGGCAUAGCUUUUCCAACCUUGGGAGCCAUCUUGAAAGAAGCCCACUGGCGAAAUGCCAGUCUCUCCAAACCCGUAAAUGGUCUGAUCCUGUCAGUGAUUUUGCCAGAGGGUCUGAAAGAAAUCAUACUCACCUUUGAAAAAAUCAAUAAAUCCCAGAGUGCUGUCAGUCACUGUGUAGGCUGGCAUUCAGAGAAAAGGAGGUGGGAUGACCAAUGGUGUAAAAUGACGUCAGACGUCAUCAACACAGUGAGGUGCCACUGUAACUGCACCCAUGAAGUGAUGUCCUUCUCCAUUCUGAUGUCACCUGAAUCUGUGAGGAACAAGGUUCUGGACUACAUCACUUCUAUUGGGCUCACUGUGUCUGUUCUUAGCUUGGUUCUCUGCCUGAUCAUUGAAGUCACAGUUUGGUCUCGUGUGGUUGUGACAGAGAUAUCAUACAUGCGCCAUGUGUGCAUUGUGAACAUAGCCGUGUCCCUGCUGACCGCCAAUGUGUGGUUCAUCAUCAGCUCCAACUUUCACAGAAAAUCUCAGGACCAUAAAUGGUGUGUUGUGGUGACGUUUUUCAGUCACUUUUUCUACCUCUCCCUGUUCUUCUGGAUGCUCUUCAAAGCUCUGCUCAUCAUCUAUGGAAUCCUGGUCGUUUUUCGUAGGAUGAUGAAGUCUCGGAUGAUGGUCAUCGGGUUUGCCAUAGGCUAUGGGUGUCCUCUGGUGAUCGCUGUCACCACUGUUGCUGUAACAGAGCCAAAGGGAGGCUACUUCAGACAGGACGCCUGCUGGCUUAAUUGGAGCCCAACCAAAACUCUUUUUGCGUUUGCCAUUCCAGCCUUGGUCAUUGUGGCCAUGAAUCUCCUUGUGGUUCUGGCUGUUGCUAUCAACACCCAGAGACCCUCGAUUGGCAGCUCCAAGUCUCAGGAUAUGGCCACAGUUAUCAGGAUCAGCAAAAAUGUUGCCAUCCUCACUCCAUUGCUGGGACUGACCUGGGGUUUUGGACUAGCCACUCUGAUACAAGGUGUACCCUUGGUAUUCCACAUAAUCUUUGCCUUGCUUAAUGCUUUCCAGGGCUUUUUCAUCUUGCUGUUUGGAACCAUUAUGGAUCACAAGAUAAGGGAUGCUCUGAGGAUGAGGGUGUCUUCAUUGAAGGGGAAAUCAAGGGCAGCAGAGAACGCAUCAUUAAGUCCAACCACUGGAUCUAAAGUAAUGAAUCGUUGAGAAUAAAAUGUGCUUCAAGCUCACUUAAAAAGAGGAAGAGUUCAUGCUACAAAGAAAAUGAGAUUAUUAAUCAAACAUCUGAAGAAAGCAAUGUAAAAGUUGUAAAUUCAGAGCAGUAGGGUUGUUCUAAAGGCCAACGACAUGGAAGAGGAAAGAAGAUAGUCGAUCCAUUUUAGGGUGGAGGAGAGCAUCAAGGAGAAGGCAAAGAAUGCAGAACAGCUCAGCGUGGAGAGCAGCUUUUUGGCCAUGCCACAUUUAGGCAAUUAUGCCUCUGAAUCUCAUUUUCUCAUGUAUAAAUUGGGGUAAUAAUAGCAUAUUCCUCUUGGAAAAGUUUCAUGAAUAAAUGAAAACAUUCCCCUAGAAUGCUAUGUGGCUCAAAUUAAGUUGUCAAGACAUGUCAACUGUUAUUCUUUGUGCUAACAAGUGUUCUGACCAUGUUGCUCAGGCUGCCCAUUUCUCACAGAUGUCCUGCUCCCUGGUCUGGAGAGGUCAGUUUUAGAAGGAAAUACAGACCUGGCUGGAAUGCACUGACAUCUGGCUUCCACAGAAGACUUCCUCUUCCAGCUAGAAGUAACUCCUAAAUUGAAGAAAAAACUGAAGAUAAUAUUUGAUGACCAGUCUUUAAAAAGGUUGACUGCUCACUCACCUAUACAUCAUCUGAAAGAGGCUGGCUUCUUGUCAAUCUUAGCAAGAUUGACAGUCUUGCUACAGGCAAGCCCAGCUCUGUCAGGGCCCUGUGGGACUGUCGAUUUUCAUUCCCAAGGCUGCUCUGUGCCUCUGGAACCCAGACAUCCUCCUCAUGAAUCCUGGGUGCUUUGUGGGACUCAGAUCAGAUUCAGGGUCAGGGGUAGGGUUGGGGGUAGGAAUGGAAAAGAUUCUGUAUCUAUUUUGGAGACAAUUUAUUCACCGUAGGCUUCCUGGAGACAAGGAACCGAAGACAGGGGAGCUACUCAAUGUGCUUAGUGUUUUAAUUCUUGGCUAAAAUAACUUAGCUUCUAGAAUCUUAAUUUUGUCAUUUGUGAAAUAAAUGUAA